AUGAGAAGGAUACCAAUUAGCGCAGAACCCACGCGGCGAUCUCUGUUACCGCUGCGUCUGGUGCUUCUCAUGCUGGUAGUGGUACUGUUAACUGCAGGAGGAGUUGCAAAAUGUGAACUGUCAGACAGGGGAGUGAGCCAAGUAGACACACGAAACACAACUGAGGAACGCAUUAUGGAUAUCCUUAACUCGGUUACCGUGGGUCAGUCCAUUAAACGAGAAAGGAACCUACUAGAUGAUAUGGCAAAGUAUAUACACUAUUUGAAAGUCCUCAGUUUAGUAGCCCCGCGUGAGAAUGUAGAAGGCGAGAGCGAGGGCUUCAUUAACGUCGAUACUACUGGAAAGGGAACCAAGCGAAAGGGAAGACUUCACAUUGUGUACUCUACACAGGGGAACAAUUACAAAAAUAAUUUAAACGACGUGAGGAGGGAAGUUAAUAGGCUUUUAUUUACUUAA